UUUCAUUGUAUAUGGUGCAUGAGGUUGACAGGGAAAAGGUCUAUUUCGAAGUGCUGUGCUGUGAACGUUAUGACCGAGGUUUUGGUGAAAGAUGAAAGUCAACUUAGUUUCAAAGUGCGUUGUGUUGGAGACACAGAUGCAAUGGAUGUAUGGGUUAAGAAGGAUGAAGUCUUGACGAAAGUUGUCAAAUCAACAGGGGAAGACAGGAUUUCGUCGUUCGUAUCAAAGUGUGCUGUACAGAUAAAGAAAACACUCUGUCUUCAAAACAGAAACAAGAGUGUAGUCCGCAUCACCGUUGAUGUUGAUCAGGACAUAUAUAAAUCAGUAUUUGGGCAUAUCGGAAGUGACGUUACGGCAAGCGGGAAUAAGUAUACCAUAGUCCCAGAUAAUUCUGAAUUGGAACCCUACUUUGGUUCAGGAUGGAACUUACGAAUAUUAAACAGAAGGGGAGACUUUAUGUAUGUCGUUCCUGGUACGUUUAAAGCCUGCUUGAAGAGUCAUGCUCCAGUGAAAGAGUUCGUUCCAAGUUCACUAGGUCUCAUUGAAAAAUGGCUGUGGCAGGGCUUGUUUUGUGAGCUUGACUUCGUGCCAGGAUUUGGCACAGGGCCCGACUAUUUUCACCUCAUGUGGUACUCUUUUGGCACGUUGGUGUGAUGCACACAGACCCAUAAAUUGUACUGAUAAUUCAUGUUAUGUCUUUGUGGUCCUCUGGCACCGGAUUGCUACGUAUCAUGAAAUGAAUGACGUUGUGCUACAUAUACCGAUGUGUCAUCAAAUCCACACACUAUAAGUUCCUGGUUUACAUAACUAUAUCCCAUUACUCUGGACACCGAAACCAGAAAACUGUGAGGGAACCGUCGGAUAAAGAUCUAAUUCCUCAAUUCGAUUUUUUGCUGUUGCGCGACAACUGUUGUUAAUCCGAAAAUACGAUAAUCCGCAACAUUUCAAUAGAACGGCGCUGCCUAUGGACACACUCACCGAGCCUCAUGAGAUAUCUUACAAUGACUUAGUAUAUAGGGAAUCAAAGACCAUUCACAGCCCACUCUGCGACAGUGACACAUUCGCCUUGAAUAAUUGUUCAGUUUUAGGAAACAUAUAACAUUGGAUUUAAAGAUGGGUUGGAUUGUGGGGUUCCUUUUGAGUGAUAUGUGUAUUCUUGU